AUGUCGUCCGGAGCCAUCGCGACGGACGCAUCGGCGAAUGGCGCGGCGCAGUCGCCGCCGCCGCAGAGCAACGGCAACACGGCGAUGACGUACGCGUCGGUGAUCUCGCUGCACCAGCUCAACAUCGCCGUGAUCGCCGUUCUCGUCCUCCUCGUGCUGCUCGUGCUCGUCCUCUCCAUCGCCAAGGCGCGCUCCACGUGGCUCCACCGCCGCGCCGUCUUGCGUCAGCAGGCGGAAAGCGCGCAGAACCUUCGGCCGGUCGGGCAGCGCGGUCUGCUGGUCGACGACCGGCCGGGGAACGGUAUUCCCGAGGAGCUAAUAAAGCUGCUAGGGCAAGUGGUGGCGUUCGAGGCGGCGAAGGUUGGCGGGGAGUGCGAGAGCGAGCGCGAGUGCAUCGUGUGCCUGGGGGAGUAUAACGAGGGCGACAUGGUGCGCGUGCUCGACGCGUGCCACCACAUGUUCCACCAGGUGAGACGCGUGUCAGCACGUGUGGCAUUAGAUCGCCGCCUCAUUCCCCCUCCCCCCUCCUCUCCCCCGUUUCCCCCCUUUCCUUCCCCGUCCUUCCUCCUCGUCCCCCCUCUUCUCCCUCUUCCUCUGUGCCCCGUGCCCGCCAUGCUCCCCCUCGCCUAA